AAACUUUUAGUUCACUGCGAAACUAUCGAAUGUUCGGCUCCGUUCCAGCCUUGCUCGUUUUAGGUUGUUUAAAAUUUUUGGAAAAUUUCGCAGAAGCCUCAUAGUAUAGUAAAACUUAUUUAAUAAUGCAUUCCAAUAAAAUGUUUAAUACACACGUUACAAAGUCAAUGUCGAAAAACAUGCUUUUGGUAUUUUUGGUAGUUGUACUACUAACAAAACAGCUAAUGGUAACUGUGCACAAAUAUUUACGCUAUCCGCGCUGCAUAUUAAAUAGAAAGGGCACCAGAAAUAGUUGGGGAAACAAAUAACUAGCGUAAAAACACACACUCAAACUUAUCUGCAUGUGUGAGUGUUAACCAUACGGUUUUCAUGGACAAGCCUUUUGCAAUGCAGUGCCACGGCAGAACACACUCUUGCCUCCAAUACCUUCUUCGCUAUAAAAAGCAUGAGCAUUCCAUUAUCAGAUAUCAAAAACAUUCGCAAGCUCAACGUGAAGACAUCUCAAGUAGUCCGAAAAAAACCAUAAAACCCUUUCAAAAUGUUCAAAUACGCCGUUGUAAUCUUUGCUGCCAUCGCCUGCGCUGCCGCUAAACCUCACAUCCUUGCCGCUGCUCCUUUGGCCAUCGCCGCUCCGGCGCCUAUCAUCACCGCCACCAGCAGUCAAGUUGUCGCACGUAACCACAAUGGCAUCGCUUUUGCUCCAGUAGUGGCUCCGGCCCCCGUCGCCCCAGUAGCUGCUGCUCCAUUGGCCGCACCAAUUGCCCCUCUUGCCGCUCCAGCACCUUUGAUCGCACGCUACGCUACCGCUCCCGCACCACUUCUGGCCCGCUACGCUGCUGCUCCCUUCGCUUACCCCGGCCAUUUGGCUUCGUACGCUUCCCCUGCUGCCUUCUCGUAUGCCCCCGCGUACGCACCAACUCUGCGUUAUGCCGCUGCCGCUCCUGCUCCAGUUGUGUGGUAAAAAAGAACAACCAACGAAAUUCUAAAGAUAGACUGUGAUAGUUUUUAAGCGAUUGAAAAAUACUACUGAAAUAUAAACGACUAACUGAUAAUUA